AUGCAACGCCCACUUCUUCAUAGGUGGCUCGCUAUCCGGUCCUCACAUGGAGACUUUGACUGGUACCACCGGAGGUUUAACCAUGAGGAUGCCAGACUGAGUUGCUCUUGCGGAAUAAACAAGAGGCCCGAACACAUUGCGCUCUGCCGCCUAACGAAACGCCGCUUCCAGCAGUGGCCUCGCCGCCCCUCAGCCCGACCCUCGAAUAAGAGGGAGGCCGUCGCAUACCUGAAGUCACUAGAACCAUAG